GAACGCAUUAGAAAUGGGAGGAUGGCACUGUAUUUUAUUCUAUAUCAUUAUUACACUUUACACACAAUCCGAAGCCGAAUCAAGAGUUCUCAGAGGUUUUCAAGAUUCAAACAUGAAGAACAGAGUCUUUUCAGCACAUCCUAUCAGUUCGUCUAUAAAAAGAAGUAAAAUACAAUGUGUCGAUGCGUGUUCAAUGGUGGAAAACUGUCGAUCCUUACUUUAUAAUAGUGUUACACGGAUUUGUAAACUUUAUGACCAAGAUUUCACGAAAGAAGAUGCCCUUCCUUACGAAUUCGAAGAAAAUUUGGAUUAUUUCUACAUUAUUAGAGUUCCAGAUGGAUCCAUUACUAAAGCAGAAUGCGAUAAGCAGCCUGACUUCCGGUACAUUUAUUUGCUGGACUUCUGCAUUAAAUUUUUCUCCGAAGAUGAGAGUUACGAUGGAGCUAAGGAAAAAUGUAAAACAUUUCACGGCGGAAACCUGGUGAAAAUUGACAGAAAACUAAAGCAGCAAGAAGUUGAAGAUUACUUAGAUACAGUGUCCCAUAGUCUUGACUCAGAUGAACAGAUACGUAUCGCAGGCUACCACUCCAUGGACAACGAAUGGGUUUAUGACGACAACCAAAAACUGACUUAUUUUAACUGGAACACGGAGAGAGAUCAGCCUGAUGGACAGACGAGCCUCGCUCUGAAAAAGACCAGUUCCGGUUACAAAUGGCAUGAUGUUUCAGACAGUAGAGAUCUUACGUUCAUCUGUGAAAUCAGCGCGCAAUAGAAAUCGGCAUCGAUCUCUUGGAAGCACAAUUUGUAAUGAUUUCUGUACUGAAUGCAGGGAAAAAUGAAGGUGUUCUUUUCCAGAAAAAUCAAAAGAAUUUUACAUGUACAUGUAUACACUAAGUAAGCUUCAUAUAGACAAAGUUGCACAAGA